AUGAGCCAAUCAUUCUCCUUUGGCUUUGGGAGCGAUGACAUUGAAGAGAAUGGAGGUGAGAUGGCCGAUGUUGGGCCCUUGUCUUUGCAUGACACCCGGGAAAAUAAGCCUGUUGCUGUCACGGAGCCCAAAUUGCACAAGCUUCAAGAUCUGCUUUCUGCUCUUCCCUCCAAGAUCUCUUACCGUACAGUCCAAAUUCGAUCUCCCGCCGGCAUACUCAAUGUACCUCGGCGCGAGCUUUUUGAUAUACGAGCACAGCUGAUGGCCGAAGAUGAGAUCUCUGAUCAGUCCAGCCCAGUGGUCGGUCUUUCGACUGAUGACAUUACGCCAAAUGUUUACGAGGGAGGUUUCAAGACUUGGGAAUGUGCUGUAGACCUUGCUGGUCAUCUAUUCGGAAGUCUCAGCAAGGGUUGGGAAUUGGGAGGGCGAGUUGUGCAUGUCGUCGAGGUGGGCGCAGGCACAGCUCUUCCAAUUCUCGUGUUCUUCGACUUCUUCCUCAAACAAUUGUCACCCUCGUGGCGUGCCGUUCAUCUGUCGGUCGCUGACUACAACCUGUCAGUCCUGGCAAAUGCUACCCUACCUAACCUGUUACUCACCUGGUACUUUGUACAGUCCCCAGCGAUCCCCGAACCUGCAGGCGAUCUCGAGAUAACCCCGGACCUCCUUUCACGGUUCGUCAAGGACCUUUCGGACAAAGUCAUACAUAUAUCAGGCAUUUCAGGAACUUGGAACGAAGCGUUCACUGAUCUCCUCCUGCCAGUCGAGGAUCCUCAACGUCGGAGUCGAAUCGAGACCAUCUUCCUAGCGAGCGAGACAAUUUAUUCGCCUAAUUCGAUACAUGCUUUCACUCAGGUCCUUCUCAAGGCCUUGAAAAGCGCCGAGGAGACACAUGGGCAUGGAAGAGCAUUGGUCGCGGCAAAGAAAAUUUAUUUCGGUGUCGGUGGUGGUGUUGAUGAGUUCCUCAAGGUUUUGAACGAGCUGGGUGGCAAGGGAGCCACGGCCUGGGAGUCCAAGGACGAAGGCGUUGGCAGGGUCAUAGUGGAGGUCCAGAGCGCCGGUGGCAAUGCAGCCAAACGGUGA